GUUCCCGAAUCACCGUAAAGCUGGAACUGGGCGUGGCUAGCCUGCGCUUCAACUACACCCAACCCUCGGACACAGGAAACUACGUGUGUUACAUAACCAGCGAACACGGUACCGCAGAGAGCGAUACGGCCACCCUCUCCGUCGAAAAGACUGGCACCAUCAUCAACGACAGUCAGCUGACUGGCGACAGGGCCCAGCGAGGACUACAAGCUCUGCGCGAGUUGGAAGACCUCCUAAAUGCACCACGUCGAGGACCCGACGUCGAAGACGGGCCGGCAGCAGCACCCAGCAUCCUGCGCCAACCAAAACCUGUCGACACGGUCACGGAGGAUGAGAGUGUGAGCUUCCAAUUGCAAUUCGAGCCCGCCACCGAUCCCAACGUCACCGUCGAAUGGUACAAGGAUGGCCAGUCGCUGUGCAAUGGCACCCGAUUCCGAGUGGAGCAUGAACGUGGCAUUGCCACUCUGUGCCUAGUACACACCAUUCCCGAGGACAGUGGAUCCUACUGGUGCCAAAUCACCAACGCUUCGGGUAGCAUUGAAAGCGAUCACCUGCAGCUGAACUGUACCCCAAGUGCAGCCAUCAUAACGCAGAGCAACCUCCUUGAGGGUUCUGAGGGUUUCAAGCUCAUCCAGGCCAUCGAGGCUGCUGCCAGAGAAAACUCGGAUACAGGCAUGCGAUACGCAGAGGAGGUGCCGCAGGACGCCCCACCCACCAUCGAUGUGCCCCCACAGACUAUGGAGGUUAUUGUUGGAUCCCCGGCACGGUUCUUGGUGAAGAUGAGCGGCCAUCCUGUACCUGAGAUUGCUUGGUUCCUGGAUGGUGAACCUAUUCAGCAGGACUCCUUGACCAAGGUAUACAGUGACGGUGGAAUCAGCAUCCUGGAGUUCAACAAAAAGAUGAUGGCUCUGAAGAAGGUGGAAUGCACGCCGGAACUGAACAAAGCUUUCUCCAAGUCGAAGCCUACGCCAGAGACUAUUAUCAUGAUGGAGAGAGGCACGGAAAUGAAGGUGAAAAACUUCCGGUCGCCGGAGGUCGUAGCUGCCGAGGAGAUGCUAGACAAGAUUACGCAUGGGCUUCGCAAAUCUGAGAUCAACAAGGUAAGUCCAGUGAGCAAUUACUUACCGGUAACAUAA